CCACCGACAUAAUACCACUGUACUACUUACCACCAAUUUUCAUUAAUCUUUACAAUUUUUCCUGUGGAAUUCCUCCCUAUAUAUACCACAAUAAGCUAAAUUUCUUUAAAAAAUUUCUCUCUAUAGAAGAUGAAAUCCAUAUUCAGAAUUGGGUUUGUCUUCGUUCUUGUUCUAAGCUUCUGUAAGUUGACAAUUUCAGUGAAUAAUGGAAGCAACUCGGAUGGAGACUACACUCAGUUCCUCUUGGCUAAUGGCGUGGGACGUACACCGCCAAUGGGUUGGAAUAGCUGGAAUCACUUCCAAUGCAAUAUAGAUGAGUGGACUGUUAAGACUACUGCUGAUGCUCUUGUUUCAACUGGGUUAGCUGCACUUGGGUACAAAUAUGUUAAUAUAGAUGAUUGUUGGGCUGAAGAGAGCAGAGACUCGAAGGGUAAUCUGAGGCCAAAGUCCUCAACUUUUCCCUCUGGAAUUAAGGCUCUUGCUGAUUAUGUCCAUGCUAGAGGCUUAAAACUUGGCAUAUAUUCUGAUGCAGGAUAUACAACCUGCAGCAAGAAAAUGCCAGGCUCUCUUGGGCAUGAACAGCAAGAUGCAAGCACCUUUGCCCAGUGGGGUGUGGACUAUUUGAAGUAUGAUAAUUGCUACCAUGACGGCUCCACACCUCAAGACAGGUAUGCCAGGAUGAGUGAUGCGUUGCAUAAGGUGGGCCGGCCAAUUCUUUACUCUAUAUGCGAAUGGGGAGAAGAGUACCCAGCGAAAUGGGCCGGCCAGUAUGGUAAUGCUUGGAGAACCACAGGGGACAUUAAUGACACCUGGGGAAGUGUAACGUCAAUUGCAGACGAAAACAACAAUUGGGGAAGAUACGCAGGGCCUGGCAGGUGGAAUGAUCCGGACAUGUUAGAAGUGGGCAAUGGAGGGAUGAGCCUCGAGGAGUAUCGCUCUCAUUUUAGCAUUUGGGCUUUAAUGAAAGCUCCUCUGCUCAUCGGAUGCGACGUCCGAUCCGCAAGCAGACAGACACUUAGGAUCCUUGGAAACAAAGAGGUAAUAGAUGUUAAUCAGGAUCCACUGGGAGUUCAAGGCAGGAAAAUACGAUCAAACGCUGGUCUAGAGAUUUGGGCAGGGCCACUGUCGAGAAAAAGAGUGGUGGUGGUUCUAUUGAAUAGGAGUGGAUCUCAGGCUCCUAUAUCGGUUGGAUGGAGAGAAAUCGGACUUUCUCCAUUUAGUCCAGUCAUUGUUAGAGACUUGUGGGCGCAUUCAGUUGUUUCGAUGAGCAAGCGAUAUAGGCUAACUGCUUACGUUGCCCCUCAUGCUUGCAAGAUGUAUAUCCUCACCCCACAUUCUUAAGGAAGAAGUUAAAUCAGCAGAAGUUGGGUGAGUUUAAGGCAGCUUUUAUGAUGAGAUGAAGCAUAUGUGAGAUGUAAUCUUUUAGAUCUUCUGGCGUUUUGGGAAGCUUCUAUGUUGAAGGUAUAUGUUUGUGCUGAAAUUCAAGUGCAUUUUCUUUUC